CCAAGAUCCUCCAUAUCCCUUCUCUAACACUCGAGCUCAUGGAGCAAACGAAUCACGAGCUUUUGCCAAGGCCUCCCAGCAAGCGUCGGCGCACUGCACAUGGCGGUGGAAACACGCGCAUGUGCCCCCAUUGCGGGCGCACUUUCAAGCGCACCGAGCAUCUCGAGCGCCAUGUUCGCACGCACACCAAGGAGAAACCUUUUGUGUGCCAGUGCGGUGCUGCUUUCGCACGGCGAGACUUGCUCACAAGACACGAGCGGGUUGCUGUACACCACGGCUGCUCCGCGACGGGACCACCAUCCCCACAGGGUCUCCCGGGUCCGCGCCCAGCGGCGUCAUCGCUCUCCAGCCUGAGUGCAUGGUCGAGCCAGCAGUGCCGGCAAUCGGUGAUUGAGCCACCAGUGGAAGACCAAGGGCAGAGCAAUGGACUCGUUGAUACAGUGUCAUACGGCCGAGAUGUAGCAUCUCCUCAGUUAUUUGAUGGGGGUAUUCAAUUCGACCCCCACUUCAGAGAAUUUGCGAAUUUUCUCGAUGGAGUAGGCUUGCCAGCCGAAUGGAGUCCCUACUUCAACGGCCCAGAGAGGGUCGAUGAGGCCCUAGAUUCGGACUUGGGCGAUGUGCGUUCAGACACAGCUUCUGUUCGGCCUGGUCCGAGGACGCAACCUGGCACACCGUUCAGCUCUUGGUUGCCCACAGCACCAACUGGCAAUCGAUUGACCAACUACGCGACAGACGCGAACAGUGAGCUGCCAUUGUGGCUGCGCGGGAUGAGUGAGCUUGGUACUGACUGACUGUAUCUGACAAAAGACCCUCGGGCGAUUGAGCCAGAGUUGCAACCAUUCAAAGUGACAGAAGAGCACCGUACCAGGCUAGGGGCACGCUUGGAACUCAUGUCUGGCGUCCUGGACUCAGGUUUCAAGCUGCCAUCGCGGCAUGCCCUCACUCGAUAUAUGACGUCUUUUUUCGAAGGAUUUCACUCGCACAUGCCAUUCAUUCACUGUCCGACGUGGCACAUUCUCGACCACUCAUUGGAGCUGAUACUCGGGAUCGCCGCCAUUGGCGCCCAAUAUUCCUUUGAGCACAACAUGUCAGAACGACUGUUCUUUGCGGGCAAGUCGAUACUAAUGGAGCAGCUUUCAAAGGAGGUGGUGGACAGGUUCGGUCAUCGAACAAUGUCUUUCAUGUCAUUGAACAGGUCCGCUGAGGCCCAACGAGGCGGACAUCUCGACGAUGCCCGGCGCUGGUCCCCAGUUGAAAACGUGCGGGCCCUUAUUGCCCUCAUGGCUUUCGCUACAUGGGAGCCCAAGGUGGCCUUGGUGCAGGAGGCUUUUACUCUUCAGGAACUGCUUACCCAUGUGCUUCGAGAUAUUGGCCUCGACGAUGCCAACGAACCAUCACCUGGUCACAACAGCAACGAGUCUUCUCCUGACAUACAAUGGCGAACUUGGAUAGAGCAAGAAUCCUGCCGCAGGUCCAAGUUAAUCGCCUUUUCCUUCCUGCAUACGCACAGCCUCGCAUACAAUGUAUAUCCUGUCCUCCGGAGCAACGAGGUCAACCUACGACUACCGUGUUCUACUAAAGAGUGGAAAGCCUUAACUGCGACACAGUGGCAGACGGCUAGGAAAGAAGUGCGGAAGCCACAGCUGUACUUCCAAGAAGCGCUGUCUGUAUUGUUGAAAAAUAGGGAUUGCUCAGCUCCUCUGGACCCGAUUCCAACUCCGCUAGGGAAUUACGUGCUUCUCCACGGCCUACUACAGCGCAUCCACAUCGUGAGGGACUUGAACCUCCCUAUGACGAGCUGCACCGCAUCACUACCGCACGAAGAGGUGGAGAAACUUGAACGUGGCCUCCGCUCGUGGACAACCGGUUGGCAACAGGCCCCAGAAUCCAGUCUUGAUCCGAAUAAUGAAAACGGGCCUAUUCCGUUCACGUCAAGCUCCCUAUUGGCACUAGCAUACGUGCGAAUAUACCUCCACUUGGGACCUUUUCGGCGGCUCGAGACGCGCGACCCUGAGCUCAUUGCUCGCGCGAUUACUCUUUCGCCGGGUGUCGAGCGUGGUGACGGCAUCGUCGCAGCGCUGCUCUACUCGACACAUAUGCUCAGCAUCCCCGUCCGUCUAGGAGUAGACCGGGUGGCACGCAGCCAGGCCUUCUUCUGGAGUGUGAGGCAUUCAUUGGCCAGCCUUGAUUGCGGCAUAUUGCUCAGCAAUUGGCUUGCCAAACUUGGCGACACGAUGGCGACAAAGCCCAUGAGCGACAUCGAAAAUCGGAUAAUGCAUUGGGUCCGAUGUAUCAUUGAGGAGGCAUACGAAGUUGUUGAUUUCGAGGACGAGCCGACCAGGUUGAAAGACUUUCGCGAACCGGCAAAUUUGAGCCUGGCGGUGUUAAAGAUUUGGGCACAUUUCUUCAAAAGUAAUUCCCAGUGGCCCUUUAUUAACAUCAUUGGGAUGAGCCUAGAUAGGUAUCGCGAGAUGCUUAACUAGAGGCAGAGCACCCCAGAAUCAAUUCUUGUGGC